AUGUCUCACCACUCACAUACGUGCAUUGACGCAGAGAAUGAGCGGAAAACCAACGAGAAAGCCAGAUUGGUGAAAUUCGUUGGUGAGAGAAUUAUCGGUAUAGUUCAGAAUGAACUAAAAUCGAUAAUUGAAGGGUAUCAAUUUGUCAAUGACACACAAAAUGUCGUAACAAUUGAUUCCCAAACACAAACAAACAAUGAUGAUGAAGCCGGCUAUGAAUCGAAUGCGACUGAUGUAACCGUCAAGGAAAAAUCUAGUGAUGAAAAUGGUGCGAAAAAUAAAAAGAAAAAGAAGAAGAAAAAGAGCAAAAAGAAGAAGGGGAAAAAAGAGCAAAAUAACACAAAUACAGGCACAAAUACACAGCAUGAACAAAGACUAGGACCGCAGCAACAACAACAACAACAUCAAAGUGACCAUUUACAGGGUGGUCAGUCAAAUGUGCAUCGACAACAGGAAGGUACGCAAACAUCAAACCAUGAAUUGAGAUAUCAUCGGAUACAGCGACAACCAUUUUAUGGUGAUUUUGUUUCGAGCCGCCGUUGGGAUAAUCGUCGACAAUUGCAUCAAAAUUUGGUCAAUAGGUCUUUUCAAAGACUGAAUUAUGUGGACAACCGACGAAGAAAUGCACAACACUUUGAUAAUUGCUGCUGCCAAAAAUGUUUCGACGAUUAUGAGAGAAGAUAUGAGGAUUUUCAAACCAAUAAAUCUCAGCACAAACUUAUCUGCGCAUGAAAAAUACUCUACGCAGAUAAACAUCCAUUCACAAAAUGUGAAUGGUUUAAGAACAAAAAUAUCGGAGUUUGCAGCUGAGAUAAUGGUUCAACAAUCGUCGAUUUACAUGCUACGUGAAACUCAUU